CGUCUCUGCAACCCCCCUCCCUCCCUCUCUGAUCCAUCACUUGUCUAGUUAAGCUCCACGAGGGACUUGUUUGCAUUUUAGUCGUCGAGGAUUGCAGUCCUCCUUUCUUACUGUUCAUUUCUUCGACUACGAAAGAUACUGGACGCUCGAGAGAGAACUUGGAUCAUCUUGAGGUACAACCCCUGCGGAUUAGAGGAUCGAAAUAAUGCCAGUAAACUCGGUCGCUUUGACGCCUGGAUUGGCAUCCUUCUUGAAAUCCUUGAAGACCAAUCCUAUCGACACAUCUAUUGAUAAUUUGAUCUCCCUCCUUAAGCGAAGACAAAUCCGGCAUUCUAGGUCAUGCGCGACCGCGACUGCUUACCUUCUGCGCAGCGUCAUCUCAGCAUGCAGGACGAACGAUGCAGCGAAGCUCAUUGAGCGGGUCCAGAGUGUGGGAAGACGUUUAAUCGCCGCGCAGCCCAGGGAGAUGGUGGUUGGAAACAUUGUGAGACGUGUGUUGGGGUUGAUUCGAGAUGAGGCGGAGGAUGACAGAGACGGAGACUUUACCUUGAGUGAUGCAGGCUCCGAAAGCCAACCGCAGACCCCCCGUGCGGGAGACGACCCGUCCGAUGUUCUAUUUGCCCGCCAUGACUCGAAGUCGCUAUCUUCGCUGAGCGCAACCCCCAUAUCAAUGUUCAGUCUCCUCUCCCACCCUGAGCCUGAUCCCUCCCUCCCUGGGACCCCAGUAUCUGCUUCCCCAUCAGGCCGGUUACCCGGACACCCUCCGAACAAGGAUAUUCGCGCCGAGGUGCUCGAUGGGAUCGGUGAAAUUAUUGAUGAGCUGGGCCAGGUUGAUGACCAGAUUGCGGCUUACGCGCUUGAACACAUCCACUCGAACGAAAUCAUUCUCACGCACACAUCAUCGACUACCGUACAGAAAUUCCUCCUCAAAGCUGCUGCGAAACGAAAGUUUACCGUCAUCCAUGCUGAAUCGUACCCUAAUAACCACGAAGCGACGCAUGCCACCGUGAGUGGCACUGCCCCCAACGAGGAUGACCUCCUCGGCACCGAAUCCUUCCAGAAACCUUUGAUUGCGCUGGGCAUUACUGUGAUCCUUAUUCCCGACUCCGCCAUCUUUGCCCUCAUGUCUCGCGUCAAUAAAGUCAUCCUGGGCACACAUUCCGUCCUCGCUAACGGCGGGCUCAUCGCUGCAGCAGGCACUCGGGUUAUUGCUCGGGCAGCCAAGGUUCACCAGACGCCGGUUGUGGUCGUUAGUGGUGUCUACAAGCUGAGCCCUGUAUAUCCGUUCGACUUUGACUCCCUGAUUGAGUACGGGGACUCUAGCAAAGUCAUUGGAUACGAAGAUGGCGAUUUAGUUGAUCAGAUCGAUGUGCAAAACCCGCUGUACGACUACGUUCCAGCGGAGUUGGUUGAUCUCUAUAUUACGAAUUUGGGAGGACAUGCGCCCUCCUAUCUUUACCGUAUUGUGUCGGACCAUUACCGGAAGGAAGACAUCAAUUUCUAAAACGCGGGACUCUUUAUGACGAAACAAAAGCUAGAGAUAAAACAAAUUCAAUUUAUGAGAGAAUACAUGAAAAGUCCGGGC